AUGUUGAUUGAUGAAUUCAAUCGUUGCUACCCAGAAUAUACCGAAGAAUCUAAAGUUGAUCAAAAACUGAUUCGUAACCCUUUUAGCACGGAAGAUGGUGAAGUUACUGAAGGAAUUCAGGAAGAAUUCAUUGAAUUCCAAAAUGACAGAAACUGCAAGGAUGCUUUUGAAUCAAAUUCGCUUGAGUCGUUUUGGUGUAAAAAAGCAAUUUGUUAUACUAAACUUCGAGAAAUCGCUAUUUUAUCAACAACUUAUUUAUGUAAACAAGGAUUUUCUGCUUUGUUGGUAAUUAAAAACAAGGCGAGGAAUCGUUUGAAAGUAAGUAAUGAUUUGCUUGUAGCUUUGAGUAAAAAUAUUAGUCCUAGGAUACCGAACCCGUGA